AUGAGCACCCAUCAGGAAACUGGGACCUUCGGGGUGUGGGACUAUUUGGUGUUUGCUGGGAUCCUGCUCAUCUCCGCAGCCAUAGGUGUUUACUAUGCCUUCUCCAGAGGCGGCCAGCAAACCCCGAAGGAUUUCAUGAUGGGAGGUCGGAAGAUGACGGCAACGCCAGUGGCGCUGUCCCUCACCGCCAGCUUCGUUUCAUCCAUCGCAGUCCUGGGGACGCUCGCUGAGGUCUAUCGCUUCGGGGCCAUAAUCAGCACGUGGGCCAUCACCCAAGUCUUAGUGGUCCUCAUCACUGCCGAGGUUUUCCUCCCGGUCUUUUACAGGUUGGAAAUUACCAGCACCUACGAGUAUUUAGAGCUUUGUUUCAAUAAACACAUUCACCUCUGUGGAACAAUACUCUUCAUCUUUCAAAUGUCUUCAGUCACAGGGUUCAACCUAUGGGGUGCUAUCAUUGUCACAGGAGUGGUCUGCACUUUCUACUGCACCAUGGGUGGUUUCAAAGCUGUCAUCUGGACAGAUGUUUUCCAAGUUGGAAUCAUGGUGGCAGGACUUUUGUCUGUGAUCAUACAGGCUGCUGAGGUCCAAGGUGGGAUCAACAAGAUUCUAAAUGAUUCUUAUCAUGGAGGAAGAUUAAACUUCUGGGACUUCAAUCCAAACCCUUUGCAAAGGUAUAGCUUCUGGACAAUUAUCAUUGGGGGGACCUUCACAUCAACCAGUAUCUACGGCAUCAAUCAAUCCCAGGUUCAGAGGUACAUCGCAUGUAAAAGCAGGUUCCAAGCAAAAAUGUCUCUUUACAUAAAUCUUGUAGGACAAUGGACAAUCCUUGCCUGUACCAUUUUUUGCGGGCUUGCCAUUUAUUCAAGGUACCAUGAGUGUGAUCCUUGGACUUCAAAGAAAAUAUCAGCACCAGACCAGCUGAUGCCCCAUUUGGUGUCGGACAUUAUGAGAGAUUAUUCAGGACUCCCAGGACUCUUUGUAGCAUGUGUAUAUGGUGGGACAUUGAGCACCGUGUCCUCCAGUAUCAAUGCUCUAGCUUUAGUAACGAUCAUCAAACGAUCAUCAUUUAGUAACCUCAUCAAACCUCACUUUCGAUUGCUCUCAGAUGAGACAGUAUCUUGGCUUUUGAAAGGAACAAGUGUGUUGUAUGGAGUUCUGUGCAUUGGAAUGGCAGCCCUGGCGUCGCUCGUUGGGUUUUUGUUACAGGCAUCUGUCAGUAUCUUUGUUAUCAUAGGUAGGCCCCUUUUGGGUUUGUUUUCUCUGGGCAUAUUGGCUCCCUUUGUCAACUCAAUGGGAGCAUUUGCAGGGCUUGCUGCUGGAUCUGUCAUUUCCCUUUGGAUUGGAAUUGGAGCUCAGCUCUAUCCCCCCCUUCCAGAGAGGACUUUACCCUUAAGCCUCAUUACCAACAGCUGUAAUAUAACUGACUUCCACCACCAGGGGAACUGGAACACAACCACAGAAACGCCAUUUUCUACAAGUACUUUUCAAGUUCAUGAUGCUGAAAGAACUCCCCUAAUGGAUAAUUGUUACUCCAUAUCAUAUAUGCACUUCAGCACCAUUGGGACAUUGAUCACUCUACUUGCGGGAAUCAUUGUUAGUCUCCUAACAGGAGGAAGAAAACAGAGUUUAGAUGAUAGACUCUUACUAACCAAAGACGAUUUUUUAUCUAAUUUUGACUUUUUCAAAAGGGAGAAACUAAUUUUAAACUCUCAACCUUACACAAAUGAAGAUGGUGGAACUGUUAAUCCUACCUUUAACUACUUUGAAAUGUACUCCACAGAGGGGAAUAGAAAAACCAGCUGA